AUGCAAGAUCAAAAUUGUUUUUCCUGGACCUCAAAUCGUCACAACGUCGUUCCUGACGAUGGGCUCUGCUGGGGAAAAGAGAAUAUAAUUCUUCCAAAAACACACAAUUUCGAUGGAGCCGGCAAAGUGUGCGGUGAAAUGAUGUGCCCAUUUCACAAAACGUUCCCAGUCAAGGGUGUCGUCUUCAUUAAGCACUCAUUCUACGGUCGUCAAUCCUACAUAUCGUACUGUGAUGUCUGCCUCAAAUAUCCGUUUAUGUACGACCUUCGAGUUCCAUUCUACUCCGAUUUUCACAAAGCUGUCAAGAUUCUCUAUCCGUUCGACACUGUGAAAGCAAGACAGGACACAAUUUUAGACGUUGUAUGGACAUUUUGGAAAAAGAAAGCGCAUAAUUAUCUCGCGGAAGACGUCGCCCCUGAGUUUGAUUGGGACGAAGCUAAAAAGAAAGUCGACGAGGAUCGCAAAAAUUUGAAGCCAAAAGAGAAAAUGGAGUAUCACCCAAAUGCACUUCUUCGCAAAUUUUAUUUUGACCGAAUGUGCUAUUCGCUGUGUGGGAAAUCGUUUUGCGCUUGGCAUGAUGAGCCGAUUGAAUGCGCCAUCACCACUCUUGAUCGUACCUAUGAUUCAUGGGUGCUGGUACCAUUUUGCGAGGACUGCGUCAGGAAGGAGAAAAACAAACGUCCGGAUUACACCGAAGAUCUUCUAUAUGCUGUUGAGAUAGCCAUGAAAAAAGACAAUUAUCUGCACAUUGGCUACUAUUGCAAAUGGCCACCAGCAUACAAAGAGAUAUACGGGAAGGUUGUGAAGAAGGCCGAAUAG